UCCAUUUCCACCUUCACCAUCCCACAACACAAAAAUAAUCAAAGGAAAACAUAUGGAGAAAAAAUGGCUUCUGCUUUUCUCAGUGGCAGCUGCAAUGCUGCUAGCGAUCGACGUUGUGAACGGUCAAGAGGAUUCAGCGGUGAAGCCGUUGGUGAAGAUAGUGAAGGGCAAGAAGGUGUGUGACAAAGGGUGGGAGUGUAAAGGAUGGUCUGUUUAUUGUUGUAACCAGACCAUUUCUGACUACUUCCAAGCUUACCACUUUGAGGACCUUUUCUCCAAGCGUAACUCGCCGGUGGCGCACGCUGUGGGAUUCUGGGACUACCACUCUUUCAUCACCGCUGCUGCCGAUUACCAGCCUCAUGGAUUUGGUACCACAGGUGGCAAGCUCCAGGGGAUGAAGGAAGUUGCAGCUUUUCUUGGGCAUGUUGGCAGCAAAACUACGUGUGGCUAUGGGGUUGCCACGGGAGGACCAUUGGCUUGGGGUCUAUGCUACAACAAGGAAAUGAGCCCUAGUCAGUUAUACUGUGAUGACUACUACAAAUACACUUACCCCUGCUCUCCUGGUGCUUCAUACCAUGGCCGUGGUGCCUUGCCACUCUAUUGGAACUACAACUACGGAGAAACAGGUCAAGCCCUAAAGGUGGACUUAUUAAACCAUCCAGAAUACAUAGAACAAAAUGCAACCCUAGCCUUCCAGGCUGCAAUCUGGAGGUGGAUGACGCCAGUGAAGAAGAACAUCCCUUCAGCCCACGAUGUCUUUGUCGGCAAAUGGAAGCCAACCAAGAACGACACUUUAUCCAAAAGAGUUCCUGGCUUUGGCACCACCAUCAAUGUGCUCUAUGGGGACCAAGUCUGUGGCCAAGGUGACGUUGACUCCAUGAACAACAUCGUCUCCCAUUACCUGUAUUACCUUGACAAAAUCGGGGUUGGCCGCGAAGAGGCUGGUCCUCAUGACGUGCUCAGCUGCGCUGAACAGAAGGCUUUUCAACCUUCAUCAUCUUCUUCGUCUUCGUCUUCUUGAGGUUUUUGUUCGAUUUGUUUCGAGACUUGUGGAUUGAAGAGGAAGAAAAAUGAAGACAAUAUAUUUCAACUUUAUCUUUGUGUGAAGGUGCAGUAAGCAUGCACUGUUAUUAUUUUGUGUAAAUUUUGUUAUUUGUGGUUUACCUAAAUAUUAUUAUCUGCAACUAUGCGAUUUUAAUUCUACGUGAAACCAUGUUUUAGUUGUAUAAUGUAUAUACUCAAAACUCUUCAAUCCCAUUUUUGGUUGGAACCU